AAAUUUGCACAAUUGUUUUUAGAGGUUUAUUUUUAUUAUUUACAAAGAUUUCUUUGUCAACUCGACACCUUAUCAGAAUGACACAGCAAUCACGUUUUUUAGGAUCUGUAAAAUCAUUACUCACUUUAACAACAAAAAUAAAACCCGGCUGUCCGCAUGACAGAAGAAAGACGUCAGUUUCCCGUUGAGCCAAUUGCAGAUGUCGGGUAGUUUCGGUGCCGCCCUCCUCUGAUCCCCCGGUAUAAGAAGCUUUUCGCAAUCCUACCAACCACAAACGCUGCGUUACAAACACGCCUGCAGAGAUUGUACGCACUCUGAUGAUAUCAAACCACCGGACUCAAGACUUUCACGAAGCUGGGAUUAUUUGUCUGGUUUGCAGACAUGAUUCCUGAGGAAAGCGUCGGCUCCGUCGAGACCAGGAUGCAGUCUGCAAGCUUGGCACUGGAGGAGUUGCUUGUAACUGCCCAAAAACAGCACUGCCUCACUGUUGGCAUCUAUGAAUCAGCAAAACUUCUCAAUGCAGAUCCAGACAGCGUGGUCCUGUGCGUUCUGACAACUGACGAUGAGGAGGACGUGGCGCUGCAGAUCCACUUCACGCUGCUGCAGUCCUUCUGUUGCGACAGCAGCAUCAACAUCCUGCGGGUCUCUGGGGUUCAAAGGCUGAGGCAGCUUCUGGGUGGUGUGGAUGCCAACCAAAACCAAGAGGAAAUCGGAGACCUCCACUGCAUGCUGGUCACGAAUCUUCAGGUAGACCACUACAGACUACAAGAAGUUGGGAUGUACUGCCAAGAGAGCCGGCUCCUUGACCAGUGGGUUCCUGAGCUGGUUCUGCAGGAACGGUGAAGGGUCUAAAUACCCCUAGAAACCCUGGCGUUUCUGGGUUGAGAUACUGAAGAAAUGAAGGAUCUUGAUGCUCAAGUAACAAUAUCCCUGAGUGAUUUUACUCCCAGUGACCAAAUUUAAGGAUACGAGGAGGCUAAAACGUUCCCCAAGUUGCUGUAAAACUGUUGGACGUUUCUGCAGGAAAAUACUCUCAGAAAAAUACACUCUUAUGCACCUUUUUCAGCUUCUGUUUGGGCACUCAUAAUGGUCAAAAACUGUUUAAAAUUAAUCAUUAAGAGGUGCAGCAGCAUUGUUGUAACUUGUCCACACCCAGUUCAUACCUGGAAGAUUUGCAUGCUUACUGUCUGGAUUGAAAUGUUGUUGUAGAGAAUCUACUGUAUAACCAACAUUCCCGAGUGUUCACAAUUGGGAGAGUCUCCGGAUUGAAGGGCUGUGCGUGAAAGCGUGGUAUGCAUACACAAUGUCUUUCUUUAGAAACGACUGGGUGUGCUGUGUGUGCGCUUUUGCAGAGAGCAGCUGAACCUGUGGAGGAGUGAUCGCUAUGGAAACUGAAACUGCUCUGAUACAAGACACAGGAUUGGGCUGGCUUUGCAGAACCAAAGAACUGCAAAAAAAAGGACAUAGGAGCUACUGUUUUAGGUCUGAAUUCAAAACUCAGGGGGAUACAGAAUAAUCUGUGUUUCUGAUCAGGACUGUAAUGUAAUGUGCCUUUACAAAUGUUGCCUAUUUUAUAACAAUUUGAAUUGUUUGUUAAUUUAUUAUUUCUAUCAUUGGUUCCUAGUCUAUCUUUUGUGCAAUAAGUCAAUAAAUUAUUGAAUUAA